UUUACGACGAAUUUUAACAAUAUUUCUAUCCUUUAAUAUUAUUGUGUGUAUUUGGACUUGGUAGCAAUGAUAAUUCACGAAUAAAUUAUAAUUUAGAUGAGCUCCCAUGUCUGGUUUGUCUUAUAUUGGUGACUACGGAUCCAGUUCGGACGAUAGUGACGCAUAUUCAGGGGAGAAUAUCGUAAGCUCCGAGAAGGUAAAGUUACCUACGCCAAAUUUGAGGAAUGUCCCUGUGGUCGGGACAGAGGACCAUGUAGAUGACCCCGACCUACACAAAGGACGCACUCGAUCCUUUCCCCAUAAGAGAGGAAACUGGGCAUCCUAUGUUUAUAUAAGAUAUCCCGAGGAAGAAAAUUUGACAACACUAAUAAGCAGAUUUGUAGCUGAAUGUCCUGGCAGUGAUUUGCAUGUGUGUGAAGACUUUCACAUAAGUUUAUCAAGAACUGUGACUUUGAUGUACCAUCUGAUAACUCCAUUUACCAAGUCUUUGCAAGAUGCGGUUGAUGGUAUAGACAGCUUUGAUUUGGGUUUUAAAAGUGUAAAGAUAUAUUGCAAUGAGGAGAAGAGCAGGACAUUUGUGUCUUUAGCAGUUGAUCACUUCAGUAACAAGUAUCUGCUGAAAAUUGUAGACAAGGUGGAUGACAUUCUUGUUGAUUAUAAGCUGCCAACGUUUUAUGAUAAUCCAUCACUGCAUAUGAGUAUAUUGUGGGCUAAUGGUGACAAGAAGGCAGAAUUAACCAGUGUCCUGGACAAUCUAAAUAAUAUUCUUUAUCAAGAAGUUGAAAAGUGUCUUAAAACUGUGACAGUGGACAGAGUGAAUUGCAAGAUUGGAAACAAAUUUUAUCAAUUUACUUUACAGUGA